AAUGGCCACACCCAGUUCCAAACCCGAUGAUUCUCCGCCGAAACCUGCAGCCCAACCCGAUGAUUCUCCGCCGAAACCUGCAGCCCAACCCGAUGAUUCUCUGCCGAAACCUGCAGAUGAGAGCAGCAGAGAAAGUCAACCUGAGAAACCGAAGCCUUUGGAGAAAGAACCUGAGGGAAGUCCGGGGAAUGAAGAAAACAAGAAAACUCCUGAGGAAUUGCUGAAGGAGAUACAAAUGCGAAAGACUCAUCAUCUCUACUGUCCAAACUGCACUUUUAACAUCACAGAAACUACUAAAAUCUCUAAAAAGGGAGAAGAGAAAUUUCCGUACAAAAACGAGGGAUUCGUACUCUCGCUUGUUAUCGUUGUCUCCUUCAAGUACCCUUUCAUCUACAUCCCAUGGUUCUACAACGAUACACCAGAGCCAACUCAAAGUGUAGCAACCAAAACCCCCAAGAAACAUGUCCCGGGCUGGCUCCGGUUCGUAUUGGUUGUGGUUCUGCUUUUGCUAUCAGCCAUUGUUCUGUGGGUCCCGCCUUCUCCGCCACCGCCACCGCCACCACCACGUGUAACACCCGCCUCUAUCCACGGCGUUACACCACGUGCCAAUGAAAGUUUACCAGUUGCAAUCCCUGACCCGCGGAAAAGCCCUGAAGAGUUUACCGAGAUCGACGGUAUUCUGAUACCACGUGGUCCUGAUGUUGUUGUAGAAGACAAUAACCCUAUCAUGCCUUCUACGCUACCAAAUGGCCCUGAUGCUGUUUCAGAAGACAAUAAACCUUAUAUGCCUUCUCCUUCUCCUUCUCCGCCAUCGAUAAAGAAGAAAGGAGGUUGGAUCACCUUGUCAUGGGUCAAAUAUUUGCCAAGUAACAGAGUCCUUGCCGUUAUCUCGUUCUUGUUUCUUGCAAUUCUGGCUAUGUUCUGGCCUUCCAUUCGCCCGACCAAAAGAACAGAACCGGAACAUGUUGUCCCCAAGGAAGAUUUGCCAGAUCCGACACAAAACCAAAACACUGGAGUUCCAAAUUCCACGAGCAAACCAGAAGACAAGAAGGAGAAGGAGGACACUGCAGUUGAACAAGGUGUUGCUUCGCAGAAUAAUGAUCCGUCUACUCCAGUCAACAGCAAAAUUGUUUCAUGGAAAAAGAUCGGGAUCUCUCUACUACCCCCGAAGCUACCGAAACUGAAACUUCCAGAGAUGCUGUGGAAGUAUUUUGUGGUUCCAGAGCUAGACAUCUUGAAGAGUAUCGUGUACGGAGGUCUAAUCGAGUCCAUCACAAGCUUCGGUGUUGUAUCCUCUGCUGCUGCAUCCGGAACUUCGACUCUUAACGUUAUGGCGUUGGGGAUAGCCAAUUUAUUCAGCGGCCUUUUUCUCAUCAUUUACAACCUAUAUGGACUCAUAAUGUCUGAACCAUUUUAUCCAAGUGCGGACAUUCAUCAUAUGCCGGAUGUGAAAGCAACAGAUCCCUACGAGGAACUGCUGGGAAAAAGAAAGAAGGUCAUACUCCAUUGCUUCGUUGUUGUGGUUUCCUUCGUCUUCUUCGGUGUGAUCCCUCCUCUCUUCUACGGCUUCUCUUUCAAAAUAACAGGCAAGGGACACUACGAAGAAGCUGCUGUUGUUGUCGCCGCAUCUCUCGUCUGCGUCAUCUCUCUCUCCUUUGCUAAAGCUUACGCCUUCGGCAUAAAUAGGACCAAGACCGUGGCUGUAUACACGGGAAUAGCGAUUGGGGCGUCUGCGUUUUCUUUCAUUGCAAGUCAACACCUUAGAGAUCUGUUUGAAAAGCAUGCCGCUGCUCACCUAAAAGUGUGAUUUCUAGAUCCCGGAAGAAGUUUUAGAUAAACAGCAACAAAGCUACCAAAAAGUUGUUCUUUAGCUGAUUUGCCUUUUUCUUUCAUUUAACAGAGCAUUUCAUCUUUUUCUUCUGUGCAAAGUCUUUAAUGUGUUAGUGUUUUGUACACCAACUUGUUUUGUUUCUCUGUGAGCAAAAUAGUCCGAUUUUUUUAUCAAUAAUAAUCAGUUUAUUUUUCUUUCUCAUUUUCAUAUGUUAACCAAAGAUAUCGGUUAAACAUAUUUUGUACACCAAUUUGGUCUUUAUCCCUGAACCAAAUUUGUUGUUGUCUGGAGUAGACAGAUCAUCAUUCUGCGAAGCAACACCUUGUUUAUCUCCAAGGACCUCCGUUUUGUCUUCUGGCGUCGUUGUUGUGGUUUCCUUUCAUCUUCUUUGGUGUGAUCCCUCCUCUCUUCUACGGCCUCUCCUUCAAAAUAACAGACAACAGACACUAUGAAGCUGCGGUUGUCGUUGCCGCAUCUCUGGUCUGUGUCAUCUCUCUCUCAUUUGCCAAAGCUCACGCCUUCCGCAAGAAUAAACUCAAUACAGUGGCUGUAUACACCGGAAUAGCGAUUUUGGCGUCUGCGCAACAUGUCAGAGAUCUGCUUGAAAAUAGUGACGAUAUGGCUCUGAAUCUCAUCUUUGAAUCUCUCCAAUGGAACCCACCACGAAUCCGACUCCCACUCAAAGCUCCGCCGGCGACGGUGCCAAUGGGGAUGGUGUCUAUACCGAUGAAUUUACCAAACUACCCCCGGACUCACCAGACGGCAGCGAGGAAGAGGAUGGCGUUGACUUUAGCCAAGAACAAGACUCCAAUUUGGUACCCAUAGGAUCCGAGUCACGUGAAGCUAUAGAAUUUGUUUCAAGAUCCGUAGACAAGAACCAAUCCCCUGAAACUGAAGAUGUAGUUAGAGCAAAAGAGACAGAACCUGAUUCAUUGAACGAUGAUGUGGAGAUUGUGCUCAAGAACCAGCAUAAGUAUUACUUGUACUGCCCCUGCUGUGGUGAAGAUAUCACCAAAACAGUCAAGCUCGUGAAGAAAUCAGAUCUUCAACCCACAAAAGACAGUAUCGCUGAGAAUGAUGCAAUUAACACCGAGAAUGGUUCAAGAUCCGAAAAACAGAAGACAAAGCUUCCACCAUGGUUCCCUGUUAAUUUUCAGCAGCUGUUUCCUUCUCUUUAUGGCCACAACAAAGACGAAGAGUCAGGCAAGAAAGACGUAGAUUCGAAGUCGUCCCCAGGAUCUGGCAACGAUCUUGGUAUCAGUGGUGAGGAACCGAGCAUCGAUGUCAAAAUUGAGAAAGACAGACCAAGUUUUCCUAAGUGCUACCUCGAUGUCUUUGCUUGGUUGUUCCUCUGUAGUAUCAUUGCUCUUUCUGUCUUUUCAACUUCUCCACAGCAAUCACCGCCUAUCAUUCCACCGCAUCUGGACUUGCCUUCUAUCUCUUCGUUGUGGCUGCCUCCCGCUUCAGUACUUUUGAUAGUUCCCACGUUUGUGGUGUUGCUUCUCGUCAUUGUGGCAAUGAGGUCCCGUUACAGUCCCAUAUCUCAUCACAAGGUGAAAGGCGAUAAAGGGGUUGAUUCCAAGUCUGCUGAAACCACUAGUGAAGAACAGAGUCAAAAACCUCAAUAUCACGAUGACCAAGCUGCAGAUCGUGAUGAAGAUUCUGACAAGAAAACAGACAUCCAAAAAAUCUACCCAAUUCCCCUAGAUCCUUCACCACAAGAGCAACCAUCCAUGGAAAUUCUCAACAAGGAAACUCAUGAAAAUGCAGAGAGUGAAACACCAGCAAAUACUCAACCAGAGAUCCCAAAUAGUGUUGUUGAACUCGAACCUAGCAAAGCCGGUAAUAAACUCGAGAUCCUGAAAAGUGUUGUGUAUGGAGGUCUGACACAAUCCAUCACAAGCCUUUGCACCGUAACAUCUGCAGCCGCAUCUGGUGCUUCAACUAUGAACGUUUUGGCCUUGGGAGUUGCCAAUUUGUCAAGCGGUCUUCUUCUGAUCUUUCACAGCCUCCAAGAUCUCAUAAACGAGAAACCCAGAAUACGAACCAACACCAAUGAGCAGAAAGAUUCGGAAGAAGAAGAAGAAGAAGAUCGGUACGAGGAGAAUCUCGGAAGAAGAGAGAGGUCGAGGAUUCACAGAUUGAUCGCAAUCUCGUCUUUCGUCGUCUGUGGACUGAUCCCACCUCUGGUGUACGGCUUCUCGUUCAGAAGAAGAAUCGAAAAGAGACAAGAGUACAAGACUUUAGCUGUUUACGCAGUAUCUAUGCUCUGCAUCGUCUUGCUCUCAAUUGCGAAAGCUUACGUCUCCAAGAGACGCGAGUAUCUCAAGACUCUGGUUCGGUACACGGCGAUGGCGACGACGGCGUCGGGAUUGUCUCAAUUUUUGGGAUACUUGGUGAGUCAGUGGCUUGAGAAAAGCGGGUUUUAUGAUGAUUUUCCAGAAACUCCAUGAGUUUGAAACUUAGUUCUUCUUCUUUCUUCUUCCACUUCCAGUGUCUUUUUCUUACCCUUUUUGUCAUAGAAUUUAUUUUCCUUAAAAAAGUGAAAUAAUUUAUCUCUAUGGAGAAAUAAAAUAGUAGAGAGCAUUCAAAAGAGACAAAAAUAACCCUUUUUAUCGAAUUUUAAUAAGAUUCUUAAACCGUAGACCAAAAAAAAAAAUCUUAAACCUUGU